AUGCCAGCCACCAAGAUCGCCCCCUCGGUGCUCGCCUCGGACCUAGGCAACCUCAACUGCGAGUGUCAGCGCAUGAUCGAUUCGGGCGCCGACUGGCUCCACAUGGACAUCAUGGACGGCCAUUUCGUGCCCAACAUCGUCAUGGGUGCACCCGUCGUCGCCUCCGUGUCCAAAGCGGUACCGGAAAUCUUCAUGGACUGUCACAUGAUGGUUGCAGAUCCAGGACGGUGGGUGAAGGACAUCAGCGAGGCGGGGGGCAAAUCGUAUACGUUCCAUCUGGAGGCGACGGACGAUCCGAUGGAUGUGGUACGACAGAUUCGUGCCACCAAGAUGCGCGCUGCGGUGGCGAUCAACCCUGGCACACCCGCCAGCGAGAUCUCGGACGAACUGGGUAAAGCCGUCGACAUGAUCCUGGUCAUGACCGUCUGGCCCGGUGCGGGCGGUCAAAAGUUUAUGAAGGAAUGCAUGCCCAAGGUCGCCGAGCUCCGCGCUCGGUUUCCGGACCUCGACGUCGAAGUCGACGGCGGUGUAGGUCCCAAGACCAUCGACAGAUGCGCCGACGCAGGCGCAAACAUCAUCGUCGCCGGAACCGCGAUAUUCAACCACCCAAGUCCGAAGGACGUCAUCGCCUUCCUGCGCAGCAGAUGCGACGAGGCACAGGAGCGAAUCAAGAAGGAGAGGGAACGCAUCGCACGCGGCGAACCAGUGGAACACGAGGUCAAGCAUUAUGAAGACGGCAGGAAGAGCGGUUGGCACAGUGGAGCCAUCACACCGCUCAGUUACCCAAGGGUGUACAUGAGCGCGAGCAAGAGGGAGAAGUUGAGAAGGGAGAGCCAGGGCGCGUUGGAGAGGGGAGAGAGGCCCAACAUGGGCAUGCUGCAGGGCAUGAGCGGGUUGAGCAUCACGCCUGCUGUGGAGGGCAAGUGA